CCAGGCAGCCAUCUCGCUUGCGGCGGCUAAUCCCAUUGCGGCCGGCGGCACGGCAACCAUCCAGAGCCCAACGCCCGGCGUCAAGAUCCAUCAUCUCCAGCCCUUUCACCAGUUCCCCCCCCCAGUUGGAUGCGCCGAACCUUCAGACCGUCGCUGUCUGCUUCGCCCUUCGCUCCUUUACAUCCUCCCUGCGUUUCCUGGCCAAUUUGGCCCGGUCGCCCUUGACGCCUGGACCUCCUCGUCGCGCGGCCCCGGGUCCUUUCCACCCCUCUCCGCCCUCAUUCCCUAUUUGUCGCCUAGGAUCUGACUACCUUUGUUUGACCUUGGCCCUCCUCUUCUCCUCUCUCCACCCUGCCACUCGCGGGGUCCACGGAGCUUCGAAGCCUCUUCUCCCCUUCAACCCUUUUACCCAAUCCGACUGGCCGCGGCUAAUUCACAUUAUUCCGAGCUUCACUGCCUUCGGAAUUUCUUGGAGAUCCGCGAUAUUUGAUCUCUCCCCCCUCGAAACCGUCAUACGACCCCUCCAUGCCAUCCUCUCGGACGUCCGGUUCGAACCCUAGUCUCUCCACCAUGUCCGCCCAUGUGUCGGCGGCUUCGACCCGCCCCGCCAACGGCGAACCCUACUCGAAGACCGAACACACGUCGCCAGACCCCCAACCGACCACCGUGAACCGCAAAAAGCAGAAACGCCGGCAAAAGCAAGCUGCCCGCAUGGCCGCGGAACGUCAGUUUGAGAAUGGCCAUGUCCACCACCCGGACGCCGCAGAAGAGAACAGUCUGAGCCCCGUCGGACCCGAAAGCCACCCAUCCGACGACCACGACUUCGACGACUCCGUUGACGGCGACGUGUACUACGACGAAGAACCCCGAAUACUCGGCGCGCAUCCUGCCAUGUCCGCCCCGUCGACCGUCGAUGCGCGCGACGAUCACUCGAAAACGCCGGGCCGAAAGUCGAAGAAGAAGAAGGGCAAGAAAGGUCGCAGCGGCUCCCAAACCCUCGGUGACGAAAGUUCGACUCCCUUGUCUACCCCUUCGGUCUCGAUGUCCCACCCUCUCGUCCCCCCUCUCCCGCCGCAUUUCGGUGCCCGCACAAUCCUGAAGUCGGCAAAAGAUCGCAGCAUAUGGAACACGUCGACCCAGGAGGAGCGCGAAAAUAUCAAGGCCUUUUGGCUCGAGCUGGGCGAGGAGGAACGACGACAGCUCGUCAAGGUAGAGAAAGACGCGGUCCUGAAGAAGAUGAAAGAACAGCAAAAGCAUUCGUGCAGUUGUACAGUCUGCGGGAGGAAACGAACCGCUAUCGAAGAGGAACUCGAAGUACUUUACGACGCUUAUUAUGAAGAACUUGAACAGUACGCAAAUAAUAACCAAGGCUCCUUCGAGAAGGGCCCGCCCAUCAUGCCGCCUCCCCGCCUAUAUCAUCCACCCCUGCGUUCUCCCGGCCAACACACGCGGACGCAAGGCCAAUUUCAUCCCUCGCGAGGUAGAAUUCAUGAGUUGCCCGAGGACGACGAAGAUUUGGAGGAAGACUACGAUGAAGAUGACGAGGACGAUGAGCCCUACAGUGAUGAAGAAUAUGAAGAUGACGACACGCGUGCCGCUCGCGCAGAUUUCUUCGCUUUUGGGAAUAGUUUGACUGUUAAAGAUGGUAUUCUUACAGUUGCAGACGAUCUUCUCAAAAAUGAUGGGAAACAUUUCAUCGACAUGAUGGAGCAACUAGCCGAACGCAGGAUGCAGCGUGAGGAGGAUACCCAAUUCGGAAUCACCGCCGCUCACCAGUCCCUUCAUGCCGGUCAUAAUCAUGGUCCAUACGAUGAGGAGGAUUACGAUGAGGAAGAGGAGGAUGAAUAUGACAGCCAAGAGGAUGAAGAAUACGAGGAGGAUGAAAUGGAUGCUAUGACCGAGGAGCAACGCAUGGAGGAAGGCCGACGAAUGUUCCAGAUAUUUGCCGCCCGGAUGUUUGAACAGCGCGUCUUAACAGCUUACCGGGAAAAAGUCGCCGAGCAACGCCAGAAAAAGCUGAUUGAAGAACUCUUGGAGGAAGAAUCUCGGACCGAGCAGCGGAACGCUAAGAAGGCUCGCGAAGCCCAGAAACGGAAAGAUAAGAAGAAGCUUCAGAAGCAGGCGAAGGAAGAAGAGAAAGCUCGCCGAGACGCCGAGAAGGCAGCCGAGGAAGCAGCACUCAAAGCCGAGCAAGCGAAGAAGCUAGAGGAGCAGAAGAGGAAACGAGAGGAGCAGCGGAAGAAGCGCGAAGCUGAGAGGAAAGCUCAGGAAGAAGAAAAGGCUCGUCGAGAAGCUGAUAAGCAGCGAAGGCUGCGUGAAGAGCGCGAACGACAAGCGGAGCUAGAGCGCAAACAUCGUGAGCAAAAAGAGCAGGAAAAGCGACGGCGGGAGGAAGCGCGACGCAGAGAACAGGAGGAGCGGGAAGACCGAGAAUCGAAGGAAAACAAAGCUCGGGAAGAACGAGAGCGCAAAGCACGCGAUGGGCAGGUACGAAGGCAUCGGGAUAGCACAGGAAGAGUCGAAUAUGAUCAAUCCGAUGCUCUCGGCAGCCGAGCGUCGCAGCCAGGACCGAUGCCGAUGUCAACUAGCCUGCAGCAGCAUGUCCAAGGACCUUCUGGACACCUACAGUCGCCACACCUGUCAGGUGCAACGCCGAUUGUCCCCAAAGCUCCGACACCUGCCCGGGCCCGCCAGCCGUCUCAACAGGGCUCGCACACUUCGUCCCCACGGUCCCAGGCGGCCAGCGCAGAACCUUCGCAGACUUCCAUCUCUCCUCGAUCCAUGGGCCCGUCCCAAUCGUCGGGAGCCUCGAGCGUGACCUCGAAACAAAGCCAAGGAUAUCCCAUGUUGCAUCACCCUCAACCGUCUACCCCCCUUUCCCCCCUCGGUGCGAUGGGCAGAUCUCACCCACCCGGGUUUCCGAGUCCUAACGGCCUGCCCUCAAAUCCUCCCGGGUUAACUGGAAUGGUUCCUCGACCGCCCAUGGGCCAUGAACUACCCACGUAUCCGCCGCAUACUGGCCCUCUCAUGAGUCAACUGCGAGGGUUCCCUGCACCAAACGGGAUCCCUAUGCCGCCCGGUAUUAAUGGCACCCGUCAAAUGCCACCUGGACGUGGUUUCCCGCUUGACCCAGGACACGGUCUUCCAUUCCAUGCCCCAGCACCGCUCUCGAGCGCGUUCUCUGCGCAGCAGAGCGGACUCUCCCAUGGCCAUUCCCGAAAGCCCUCCAACUCGUUCGAGCGAUCUCCUCUUGACACGCAUGCCCAACCGUUCCCCAUCUCUCGUCCUAGUCCGAUAAAGCGUCCAUCCAGUACCCAGCAGGAUCAGCAUGGCGAUAUCAACCGCACUACACAGCGAGACAUGGACAAUCUAAGUGCUCGAUUUGGAAGCAGUGCCCUUCUUGAUGACAGUGACGCUCCUUUUUCUUCGAAUCUUUCUCAAUCGCUUCCUGGCGCCACCGUUCCAGGCUCUUUACCGGGUCCGACUCGAGCCAGCUUUGCCGCACCUUCGUUGUUCCCGGACCCUCUCGGAGGUAAGUAUUUAUUAGCCAAUAUCCCAGCCAAAUACUUUGGCGAGUUUUCAAGUCCAGCGUUAACGUUUGUCCCAAUAGCAUCCAAACACUCUAGCUUCUCCAUGAACACUGGUGUAGGAAGCAAUCCCUGGGGUGGACACGUGGGAUUUGGGGCCUCUGCUUUCCCCGGAACUCCAACCUGGGGAACUGCACAUGGUCAGUACCCUGUGUGAUUUGUAUCUGUGUUGCUUUACUGACAAUCAUGACUAGGGAGCGGCUGGUCCAACAAUGCAUUCGGGUCGGGUGGUCACCAUCGUGCGCAUACAUCUCGACCAGUUGCCAUUCGGUUGCUGGUGAUUGAAGCGUGGAAGCAACUGAACACCCUAAGCCCUUCCAAAGGAGCCAGCAGUCAUCAUGAUGCCAAGAAGUUGCUUCGCCAAGUUGAUCAACUGCGGCCAUCCAAUGAGCCCUCCAUCUCGCUCAAGGAGAUGCUCGACAUCUGCGACACGGAAGGCAACUCGCAAAACGGGGGUGGUUCAUUCUCCAUCAAGAGCGACUCAAUGGGCGAGUUCGUCAAGUUCGAGCCCGAUACUAACAGCGCUACCUCAGGACAUAGAGGCAGCAUUGUUCCUGGUGAAAUUGGAAGUCCGAUUCCGAGUAGCAGCAUACCGGCGUUUGGCGGGAUUGGUACUACACCAUCGGUGCUUCGGCAGUAUUCUUCUCCACCGACGGGUUUCUAAGGCGUUUGGCUUUUUUCCUUCUAUUUACGGCAUUCUCUCAGUGGAAAUGGGGGAGUCUUCUAUGCACACUUUCCGUUUCUUUCUUUUCGUUACCCUGGUUUCAUGUCCGUGUCUUUUUUUUCUUUCUUCUUUUUGGUCGUUCAGUGUCU